AUGCCUUACAAUAAUUUUAGGACUCUAACUCCUUUGCUUUGCAUGCUUAUGCUUGCAAGUUGCAUUUCUCAAACACCGGUUUCAUAUGCAAAAUCAGUAGAUAAUUUAGUUAUUCGUUUCCGUUAUAAGGUUCACAUUAUCAAUGGCCUUCCAGACAAUGCUAAGCCAUUAGAGCUUAGUUGCCAUUCGAACGAUGAUGAUCUCGGACACCAUACUCUUUGGAAAGACCAAGAAUUCCGGUUCAAGUUUGGCAUUCACUUUUGGAAGAAAACUCAUUUCGUCUGCAACUUCAGCUGGGGAUCCAAGUCCUUGAAUGAUAUCACUGUUUUCGUGAACGAGGUUGAAACUCGUACAUGUAGAGAGACAGGGAACUGCUUCUGGAAAGUAGAAACGGAUGGGAUUUAUUUUAGCAGUAAUGAUCAAAAUUGGGAGAAACGGUUUAAUUGGUAA